AUGAGCCCGACUGCACAGACAGCCUCUCAUGAGGCCCAAGAUGGCCCCGAAAGACACCCCGAUGGCACCGCCGACGAAUCUUCCGAGACACGCCCCGAGACACCGGCAGAUCAGCCACCACCAACAACGACUACUACCGAAACAGGAGCUGAAACGUCCUGUCUGGGUUGUCGCCGGCGCAAGCUGAAAUGCUCGCGUGAUCUGCCGAGCUGUGCCCACUGCCAGCGACUGGAUGUAGCGUGCGCCUACGACACAAAAAAGGCCAAACCAGGACUGCGACCAGGCGCCAUUGAGGCGUUGAGCCAGCGCAUCGAGGUGCUGGAGAAUGCACUGGCAGGAAGGCAGACCAUCAGCCCUGUGCCGGAGUCCAAUGCAAACGGACAUGCAAACACAACCGUCGUUGGCAUCUUGGCGUUGCUGGCCCAGGAACUGCAAAAACUCAACGCAGCAGCAGCACAAGUUGCACCGGCAACUGCAACCGGAACAUCUACCGCUGCUGCAACACAACCGCGCGCACAUGGCGCCUUGCACAUCGCCUCGCCGUCCUCGACGGCCUCGUCGCCCAUGACGGCCAUGACGGCCAGGACGGCCAACGGCUACGGCCAGAGCGGUCUUGACAGUCACGGGCACAGCCACCGCCCGCGCAAACGCCAGCGCAUGGUCGACAGCUGCGGCAACCCAGACAUUGACCUGGCGCGUCCGCUCCAGGACCUGGCCCAAGACCCGGCCGCAUCCCCCGGCUUGCCGCCGCCUGCGACGCUGCAGGCCGUCGUCAACGCCUACUUUGUGGCCGUGCAGCCGUGGAUCCCUGUGCUGCACGAGACGCAGUUCCGGCGGCGCAUGCACGACCCGGCGCAGCGGCCGCAGCUGACCUGUCUGCUGCACGCCAUGGUCGUCGCGGCGGCGCGGUACGUCCAGGAGGGCGUGGAGAGCGCGGAGGACGUGGAAGGCGCGGAGGGCGCGGAGAACGGCAUCAUCGACACGGACGCUCUGCUCCGACUGGCCGCCCGCUCGCGCAGCCACGUGCUGUUGACGGCCAUGGACGCCCUGACGGUCGAGAACCUGCAGGCGCUGAUCAUCCUGGCCUUCCACGACAUUGGAUCCGGCCGGACGGCGCGUGCCUGGUCCAUUGUGGCCUCGCUGACGCGCACCGUCGACUACCUGGGACUGAACACGGAGGCCGAGGACGACGAAAACAGCAGCCAUGUCACUCGUACGAACGGCACCAAAAGAGGCGGCGGCCACAAACAGCAGCAGCAGCAACAAGGACAACAGCAAAAACAAAAUCAUACCCUGCUGCACCCCAUGUCCCUGCUCAGUCCCCCCUCCAACUGGAUCGAAGAGGAGGAGCGCCGACGCGUGUUUUGGUGUGUCUUGUUGCUGGACCGCUUCUGCUCCGUGGGCACGGGCUGGACCACGGGCCUCGCGGCCGCCGAUGUGCACCGCCGCCUGCCAGCCGACGGCUUUUUCUUCCACAAAGACGAACCCGUGCUGACUCCGUACAUGUACGGCGCGCCGCCUAGCAGUGGUGGCGGCCCAUCCACGGGUGACGUUGACCGGGCACGUGACCGGGAGGUGCGGGAUCGGGACCUGGAUCGGGACCGGGAGCGGGACCCGGCGGACCCGCCCGUGCGGUCGCCCGCGUCGACGCACGUCCACGGACACAACACCAACGUCGGCGCGCUCGCGUACUGCAUCGAGGCGGCCGAGUCGCUGAGCCGCGUCGUGUCGACGUUCUUGCGCCAGAGCGUCGACUUUGGCAGCCGGCCGGACGUCAGCCGCUGGCUGACGCGCUUCAAGGAGCUGGACCUGCAGCUGGUGCACUGGAAAAUGUACCUGCCGCAGCGGUGGCGCGACUCCAACGUGUCGCGGCAGCCCGCGCGCGUCAACAUGGACCCGAACCUGACGCUGGCGCACAUCACGCACAACACGUCGACCCUCCUGCUGCACCAGCGCAUCGCGUACCCGGACGCGGCCUGGUGGGCGCAGUGGACGAGCAUGGUCAAGGUGAAGCUGCCGAGCGUGUGCAGCGCCGAGACGUGCCAGAAUGCGGCCAUUGAGACGGCCGCCAUCACCAGCAAGUACCUGCGGUUCACGCCCAAGCACCGGCCCGUGGCGAGCCAGUUUGCCUUUUGCGUGUACAUCAGCGCACGGGUGCUCUUGUUGCACGGGCGCAGCGAGGUGGGGCGAGAGGUAUCCAGCAGCGGAAUGACCAACGGGGCUGCCACCGGGGACGCCACCGACGUCGACGUGCUGCCCGAGUUCUUCUCGCUGCUGCGGAGUCUGGAGGACAUGGACCGACGGUGGUUGGGCAGCAGCAGCAACAGCCGACUCGACCAGGACGCGUCCAAAAAGAGCACCAGUCUUGCCGGCCACUACGCGCAGCACCUCAAGGACUUGUAUCGGCAGUGUCUGGCCAGUCCGUCGUUUGUGGUGGACGUGCUGGGGUACACCGAGUUUGAGCCAGACGUCCCGUCCGUGUCUGAACCUGUCCCCGAGCCGGCUCCUCCGGCGAUUCCUUUGGCCCCUACGCCGGUGCCAGCACCUGCCCCGACCCAUCCACAGCAACAAAUGGCAGCGGUGCAUCCGUCCAUGCACACAAUGAACCAGCCCAACCCGGCCUCGACGUGGCCCAUGCAGCCGCUCGACCAGCUGUCGCCUGUGAUGACAUAUCACCAACACGCGGCCCAAGCACACGCCAUGGCCGACAAUUCGGCGUCGGCGUACGCGGCGGCCUCGGUGGUGUCAGUACCGACGGGCCACACAGGCCACACCGACGACCUGACGGCGAUUUCGCAUUUGUUGCUGGACCAGCAGUUUAUGGACCGUGACCGCGUCAUUAGCUUUGAAGACAGUUUCUUUGCAGCGCCCGGGCGUUGGACAUAG